AAUGGCGCUACCUUCAUAUCUCAAAUGAAUCACCUAAGAAAGCAUUAUACAUAGUUGAUCUUCGUUCAUUUUACGAAUCUUGACUUUUCCACUUUCAGUUCAUCUGGAUUAUACAAAUGAUUACAUAAUAAACACAUCGAGUUUUUGUGGAUAUUUAACUUGGUUUUAAUACACUAGGAUUACCAUUAUAAGGACCAUGAGCCGAAGUUAUACAUUCAGAGGAAUGAAAGACGGAAUCCGCCUUUCAAAUUUCGACUACAGUCCGCCUAAGUCAGGGUGGAAUUUUUUCGUACGGGCUCUGUUAAAAUUCAAGACUUUAAACAAGAAUGUGUCAUCGGAUCAUAAAUCUAGAAAACCCACUGUAUUAACACUGUAGACAUUCAAAGUGAAAGUGCAUGAUUUAAAGGAAAGUCAGGAAGGCUGCCUGAUUGUAGAUUGAUGAUUAUCUUGUGACCAGUUGCAACGGAUAUCCGUUAUCGAACUGAUUUUGAAUGAGAAGAAAAUGGAUGCUGAUAAAGACACUUACCAAUUUCACCCAGAACGGACACACCAGGGACUUGCCUUGGUGAUUGCUAACUUUACAGAAGGAGAAGACAGGAGAGAAGGCGCUGAUUCUGACCUCAAGUACAUGAAGAAAACAUUUAAACGACUGGGAUUCAAAGUAGAUUGUCAUGAGAAUAUGACAAAAUCAGACCUGGACUCGUUAUUGAAUGGCUACUCGGGACAAAAACUGUUGACAAGUUAUGAUUGUUUUGUAUUCGCUAUCAGCUCCCAUGGUAUGGAAUUUGUUCAGAAAGACAAAAUGGGGAAUAGUGUACACCAACAUGCCAUUAAAACGUUUGACGACCAGUUUGUAUAUACCAGUGAAAUCCUGGAUCACUUCAAUGACACAAACUGCAAAGCUUUAAAAAACAAACCCAAACUAUUCUUUAUUCAGGCCUGCAGGAUUCCGCACACCAAAGCUACAAAGACUGAACGCAUCAAAGGGAUCGGUUUUGACUCCGGAGUUCAUCUUCCUAGUAGAGGAGACGAACAUGACCAGAGAACUGCAGGGGACCUGACAGAUUUUGAUGGAUCUACCUGUGAAACUGACACAGAUUCUGACAGUGAAAGUGAUGAUGUUUCAGACACCGAUGUAGAGGAGGAUGAGUCAUCUUUAUUUGACAUUGAAAUCACUGCUAGAGGUCAUGAGGUACUAGAAAGAGAAAAAAUCUGGCAGAAUUUAGAAAAAAGACAAGCAGAAAUUUUUAAAAAGCUGAAGAAAAUGGAAAACCAGGUAUGGCUUCUAGGGCGUGAAUACAUUGUAGCAGCCAAAGAAAACAGGAAACCGGAGAAAAAAGGUCCAAGGUCACCUAUUGUUGGGAAUUCACAGACUGCAGCCUAUGAAAAUAAGAAACCUAGUGUACACGAUAAUGAAGAACUAAACUCACAGAAUGCAGCAAGUGAGAAUGAUGAAGAACCAUGUCCACACGACUCAGCUGAUGAGAAACCCAAUCCUCAGUAUUCACCAGAAGUGAAUGCUGACCAUGAAGAUGAUAUCGACCCAGCAAAAGGACAAAAGGUUUACUUUACAAACACCUCAGCUCCAGUAGAGUUCACCUUGGUCCCCUGUCACAACGAUAUGCUCAUCAUGUUUGCCUCCCCUCAAGGUCAUUACGCAUUUAGAAGAAAAACAGACGGAAGUUACAUGUUGCGGUUAUUGUACGAGUCUGUAGAGAAAUACUAUGUAAAUGGUCGUCUUACAGGGAAUCAUACUAACUUUCUAGAUGUAUUGAGGGAUGUUACAACCCGGAUGUCUAAAACGAAAUUCAUGGGUUCUAUGGAAUACACCAUUGUGUCAUGUGUCGUCCAUAAACUGAGAAAAGAUGUCAUCUUUACUCACGGAACAAAUAUGAGCAGGACAAAAUUUACAAUCAAGCCCUGUGACUUGGAAUGAUUUGAUUCUUAGGCAAUUAUUUUUUACGCGAUCAAAAUGGAAUUACUAUUAAUUUACUAGUUUAUUAUAUUCACGUUGUUAACAAAAAAAAAGAAUUAUUCUAGGAAUCUUUACUACCAUCGGUGCAUUGGGAUUAUAUAAUAUUCAUUUAAUAAACGUAUGACAGUGGGUGUUUAUUACAUUUAAUAAACGUAUAAUUGUA